UCCGCUGCCGACUGCUAACAAGCGUUAGCUUUCAAACAGUGGAGGUGCCCAUCACAGCGGCUAGCCUCGCUGUUAGCUAAUUCAAGCUCGUCAGCAUGCCUUUGCUAACUAAUUAAGCUCGCUAGCAUAAAUUACACCAGGAGUAAAACCCAGCGAAACACAGAGCGAACCAACAGCUUUACUCAUUCACACUUCUGUCCACGUGUAACUCGUAACUUCGCUAACGCGGUGAGGGGUUUGGACGCCCACUGUUGCCUCACCACUGUCACUUCCAAGUUAGCAAGGUUAGAAGUAAGUUAUGGACGUUUACAUUGGUAAUCAUUAGCUCCUCUUUAGCUUCCCCUGUGCCUGUCCGAGCUCAGCUUUAUUUAACAGAACUGAACCAGUUGUCCCCACUUUGUUACUGGUGUGGAGUUAGGUGAAGGUCAUGGAGGUGGUGUGGCAGUAACGCAUGUCUUUAUGGCGUUGAAUUCAAAUCCAGUCUUACUACCACAGCGAGGCUGCCCCUCAUAAAAGGUUAACUUUAACUUUUUGCUAUGUUGCCUCACUCCCGAGUGUAGUUGCGAAACGCAGCGACCACUCUAUGAUGCACAGAUGACUCAUUAACUAAAUACAACUCUUUAUUUAUCUUUAUUUAUAUUCACAGGAAUACAUUACUAAAUCACCAUUCGAUUAGAAUUACCUUGACUGAGACAAAGGUUGUUUUUACGGGAUUCAGCUUCAGGAUAUAAAAUGAACAACAAUCCAAUAUAUAAAAUGUUCAGUGAAGUGUUUGGGAUUAUUCUUUGCAUUUAAUGCCGCACACUGUAGAGCCAAAACAAUUGAUUAUAGAUUAAUAACUGAUUUCAAAGAAAAUGAAUCUGCAGCUGUCUCUAAGGCAACAAGUCAUCACCUUUGGUUGUUGGAAUUCAUGAUGAGAAUUGUCAUCGUUUUUUGACAUGUUAAUUGUUAAGAAUCAACUUGGCAGCUGCAGCCUCAACACCCGGUAAAUAAAACAUGGUUUAGAUAUAUCGCCAAGGACCUCUGUCUUCUUUCUUCAUGCUAUGUAGUUCCUAAAUACUGAAAACAAUGAUCACAACCAUGUUUCUCUGUUACUCACGUUAGUAACAAGAUAGAGAAAAUGUAGUAUUGAGUACAUUUUCCCAAGAAAGUAAAUUAUGCUCCACGUUGACGGUUGAAACGCGCUGUAAAAACAAGUUAAUGAACUGAGUCAAUCCUUCUGACUCCAGCUCUUUGUAUAGCUGGUGUUUGAAAGAACUUGUUCACCAAUGAGUGCCCUCUUGAAUUUCAACACAGUAGAUGAAGUUAAGAAACUCAAAGAAGUGGUUAAAAAUUGGCUUGCGUCUGCAAAGUAAAUCUCUAACUGUAGGGCUGAUUGUGAUCCUUGCCCCUGAAAUCCUCUCUCUUCUGCUGUUUCUAACAAUGUGGUUUUGUGAUAAUUUGGUAUGCGGCUCUACUCGAACAUUAAUCUUGAUGUGACACAGAACACUGCAAACCUCCUGCCUGGAUAAAAAAGUCUUGAUAUCCUUUUUGCUUCAUAGUCUUGACAACUGGCUAAUUUAACUCGUGUUUACCAUUGUUGUUAUUAUUAUUAUUAACUUAUUUGUGCUUUUCCUUGAACAAAUGCAGCUCAAAGUGCUUUACAAAAAAACUGAAGUCCCCUUCACGGGGUACUUCUUAUGAAAAUAGAUAUUUAUUACACAGACAACUGUUGUCAUUUCCUCCUGAGGUUACUCUGCACUUUUCUGCUGUUUGAUCAGUGUGUGUCUGACGUCGAAACAUAACCUGUUUGGAAAUAUCGGUGGAUCUAAACUGAUGAAAGACUAACUCAUGGUUCCUUUUUCCUUUUCAGAGACCCACUCACUGCAUUUGUUUUCAGCCAAAGAUCCUAAACUAAGAGUGUGUGAAUGUAGUAAUGAAUUGAAGUCUCGCAGCAAACUUGACAUGACUUUAGCUGAUCGAUUGUUUUAAAUAAGACUUGAUGCGUUUGUUUUUUAAUCUUUAACAAUCUACUUAGUGUAUCUUUCAGCCUCCCAUACAGACGGAGACAUCGCUCGGACUCUGGGAGUAGCCCAUGCUAAUGCUAGGAGGGGGAGCUUAUCGAUGUUGUGCACAUGUGGAAUCAGCCUCACACAGCGAAGGGUGUGUGUUUGCACUCCAUCGAUUAGUUAACGUCUAUAGAACCACAACUGCCAAAGCUGAAUUAUAAAGAUAGGACACAGAGUGAUGUCAGAGACCAGGAUGCAGAGCCUGCAGCCAGACCCGAACGCACAGUACAGAAGUGUGUAUGGGGCUCUGAAACGGAUCAUUCGGACAGAGGGGGUCUUCAGGCCUCUGAGGGGCCUCAACAUCACCAUGAUGGGAGCGGGGCCGGCCCAUGCACUCUACUUCGCCUGCUACGAGCGGGUCAAACGCUCACUCAGUGACGUCAUUCAGAGUGGAGGCAACAGCCAUUUAGCCAACGGUCUGGCAGGUAGUGUGGCCACUGUGCUCCAUGAUGCAGUCAUGAACCCAGCUGAAGUGGUAAAGCAGCGGAUGCAAAUGUACAACUCUCCAUAUCGGGGACUGUGGGACUGUGUUCAAACAAUAACGCGGACCGAAGGCAUGGGGGCGUUCUACCGCAGCUACAGCAUGCAGCUGACCAUGAACAUCCCCUUCCAGGCCGUUCACUUCAUCAUCUACGAGCUGAUGCAGGAACAGUUAAACCCCCACAGACAUUACCACCCUGGCAGCCACAUAGUGUCGGGGGCAGCGGCGGGAGCCAUUUCUGCGGCGAUAACCACUCCGCUCGACGUUUGUAAAACGCUGCUCAACACGCAAGAGAAUGUAGCGCUGAACUCCAUGAAAAUCAGCGGCCACUUAACAGGCAUGGCCAACACCUUCAGGACAGUGUACCGGCUUGGCGGAAUGGCGGCCUUCUUCAAAGGGGUCCAAGCAAGGAUUAUAUACCAGAUGCCCUCCACCGCCAUCGCCUGGUCCGUGUACGAGUUCUUCAAGUACUUCCUGACGAAGCAGUAGCAGGAACAACAGGCAGGACCCUGCUGUCAUGGAAAAUGUCCUGGAGCAACCCACAGCUAGACCGAUGAAAGAUUUGCCCAACCUGAAGCUGUGUGAGCUCAAUGUAUUGUUUCCACUGUAGAGGAAGUAACAUCAGUUAGUGUCUCACAGGGAAGUCCCUGUGGUGGAGGCUUGGCAGAGAACAACACUUCUUAGUUCCCAUUUACUCACGUCUGUGUGUUUUUGAGUUAGGAUGAUGUUGCACGAGGAGGAGAUGACGAUUCCUAACAGGACAGACCUAGAAACAGAAGAGUGUCUACUUCUUCCUCCUCCACAGUCCCAUCGAACACAACUCUCCAGUCCCUCCUCUCUACAUGUGCUGACCAUAUAAUGAAGUUGUCCCGACUGAUGUUUAUAGUUCUUAAUAUUGGAGCUUUCUUAUUUAUUUUGUUAGCUUUCCGAGGCCUGUAUUUUAAGGAUGUUUGUUUUGUUUCAUGGAGUAUUUAUAAAGAACCAUUACAACACAUUCCUUAUUUCCACUCCACAGUGGAAAGUACAUCAGCGCUUUUAAAGUGCCUCAUAAAUAUUAAAUGCUGUUUUUUUCCCCUUUCUAUCUCAUGCACCUGAUUUUGACAUCUUUCCACAUUUCUUUUUCGUUUGGUCCAAGUCUUAUCAAAAUAAGAUAAGAUUACGAUCUUAUUGUGGCUCUUUGUCACAAAUGGUCAACUUUUCGUCAGCGUAGGCCGUAAUGGUCUGUUAUUUUGUUUGCCUUGUUAAAGUGAAGAACUACAACACUCCAGAAUCACGCACAAUAACCUGUUGCAGAAAGGAGGCAGCUUUUUUAUAUGUAUUCAAACACCAGAAUAUAUAUUUUAGGGUGACUACUUCUGAGAAGCUUCAUUAUGCAGGUCCACGAGGGGAUCAAAUACGGCUGUUACUUGAUCUGGCGGAAAUGUCUCAUGUGCAGUUAUACUGUGAUGUUUAUAUGUAUAAAUAAUGACUUUUCAAGGUUGUAGAUUGUAUAUAUAAUAUUUUUCAGAGUAUAAAUUUAGCUGAAAGUUAAAAUGCACACUUGGUUUGAUCAAAACUUCAAGUGAUUGUUUUUGAUUUCAAGGACUGACCAGUGACGUCAGGCGCUCUUGUUACCAUGAGACCGACCCUCAUCUCAUCAGCUGGUGAGCGGGCAGUGUCAUUUCUUUUAUUUCCACUCGUCCUGUUGAACUUCCACAUUUCCUGUGCGCUCACUGUUCUCCAGCCAAUUGUCUAUUUUUGAUACAGUAGUCAAGACAUUCCACCAGAUAUUGAUGUGAUCCAGCAAGCGGCCAGAUUUAUUUGUUUUUAAUUAUGGAGUUUUUUUUUUUUUUUUUUCUUACUGUGGAAAAGUUCAGAGAGUUUGUCAGAUUCCAGUGGAGCCACGAACCCAUUAGCAACAGAUUCUUCUUGCUUGUCCACGUGGGUUUUUAUUAAUAUACCAAAGACAUGCAUUCUAUUCUACACAUCACAUUUUGAACCUGUAAUCCCGAUGCUGCGUGCCUGCCUGCUGCGAAUUGUCCUUGCACAUCCACCCCCUACACAGCUUCCUCUUCAGUAUCUGUCAGUUCUGUCUUUAUGCUUUUGGAGCUUGUUGGAGGGAAAGAAAAUAUUUUCUACCGUCACAUUUUUCAUUCUCCUCUGACAAGUUUCACUAAUGACUCCAAAAACAGCAAAAGCACUUAACUGUGAAAAAGCAAGGAUCUUAUGAAUAUUUUGGAUAGAUUUCAGUAACUUUGGAAAAUUACAUUGACAGCUAGUUAUUGACAGAUUAUUUCUUUUUGACUAGGCUUUAUGAACUGCUUAUAUUGAUCAAAGUUACACGUGCAAUAUGAAUUUCACAUGAAAGGAUACGAUGUUAAACUUGAAUUAUAAAAGUGGCUUAAUUAGCAUUUAGCUUCAUGAAGCAGUUUUAGUCUCCUCAAAGUAUCUAAUCACAGUAACAGUACAUUUGUCCACAUUGUGUUUUCACACUUGGAUCCACUGACAAACAUCAACUCAUCCAAUAUUAAUCAUGAUCAACAAUGGGACAAUUCAGUCAGAAUAGGUUUGAUUUAUUGCUUUAUGCCUGUAGUCAAUGCUGCGUUAUUUCUUUGAGGUGUCGAUGCAGAAUAGAGAAUCAUUGUUCCCCAACUGUGUGUCCAUGUGCUUUUAACAUGUUAAAUCAGUGUUUCUUAAUGUAUCCUUACAUCUUAAAGAAGAUAAGAGAGCUCAUAUUCUCUGUGGGGAUUUUCAUGAUGUAAAUAUGUAUACGCUAAUUACGCACAAAUGAUAAGAAAUGGGAGCUGGGGGUGGGUUUUUUUCUGCUGAGUUCCAUCUCCAGAGGAGGAGUAUUUAGAAGUUUGACCAUGCAAAUAUGAAAUGAUUGUAAUAAUGCUGCUACAGUAUGUAACACUGGAGCUGAAAUAAACAUGCAACUGAGGAA